ACUUUGUCUUUUAUCAGGUCAGUGAUCAGGUCUGUACUCAGGUCUGUGGUCAGGUCAGUGAUCAGGUCUAUAGUCAGGUCAGUGAUCAGGUCUGUGGUCAGGUCAGUGAUCAGGUCUAUAGUCAGGUCAGUGAUCAGGUCUGUGAUCAGGUCUAUAGUCAGGUCAGUGAUCAGGUCUGUGGUCAGGUCAGUGAUCAGGUCUAUAGUCAGGUCAGUGAUCAGGUCUGUUGUCAGGUCAGUGAUCAGGUCUAUAGUCAGGUCAGUGAUCAGGUCCGUGAUCAGGUCUAUAGUCAGGUCAGUGAUCAGGUCUGUGGUCAGGUCAGUGAUCAGGUCUAUAGUCAGGUCAGUGAUCAGGUCUGUGGUCAGGUCAGUGAUCAGGUCUAUAGUCAGAUCAGUGAUCAGGUCUGUAGUCAGGUCAGUGAUCAGGUCUGUAGUUAGGUCUGUAGUCAGGUCAGUGAUCAGGUCUGUAGUCAGAUCCGUGGUCAGGUCUGUGGUCAAGGUCAGUGAUCAGGUCUGUUGUCAGGUCAGUGAUCAGGUCUGUGGUCAGGUCUGUGGUCAGGUCAGUGAUCAUGUCUGUGGUCAGGUCUGUUGUCAGGUCAGUGAUCAUGUCUGUGGUCAGGUCUGUGGUCAGGUCUGUGGUCAGGUCGGAGAGACGAUAAAUCCUACAGAAGGUUGACGUUUGACAUGCAGCCAGCAUCAGUCUUUUUCAUGUACAUUUGUUUGGGUUUCACUUUUCAACGUUAGAAGCAUCUUAACAAGGUUGUCGUGGUUUCUGGAGGUCACUAAGGAGAAAGUGGUCACGAAAGAGGUUCCACUGGUCUUUAGGGGGUUUAGGGAUCCUCAGGAAGGUUGAAGGGGUCCUGAAGGAGGUACUGUAAGUGGUUCUUAUGGCGUUUGAGGCUUAGUUAAGUUUAGUUGUUUUUAGUGGUUACUAAACUGGUUCUAGUUCUAAUGAUCAUUGAGAAGGUUCUUGAGGUCCUUUGGAAGUUUAAGGAAUGAACAUACAAGGGAUCUUUAGGAGGUUUUCUGGGUCAGUGAGUAGGAAGGUUCUUGACAGGGCUCCAGAGGUUUGUGAAGCAGUAUUAGUAGAGGUUCAACUGAUCCUUUGAGGUGGUUUUAGUAAUCACUGAGAAGGUUCUUGAGGUCCUGUCAGAAGUUCUGGGGAUCAUUUAGGAGGUUGUAGUGGUCCUUUCAGGUUUUAAUCCUCCAGGAGGUUUCCAGCGAGAUUUUGGGUCAUCUAGGUGGUUCCUCACUACUGUCAGCAAAGAGGGAAGGUACAGUAGAGAUCAACACAGAGAACAUUGGACAUGAAGACAUUCUGGAGGCUCGUGGUGGAGCAGACGGUCCAGAGAGUCCAACUGUCUCUGAGACGACCUGGUUAAACCUGGAACGACAUGAAGACGACACCUUGGAUGUCUGAUGGACAUUUUAUAGAGUAAAUAACUGUCAGGUUGUCGGGUGACACCGUGGUCACAGACUCAUCGUUGGUGUUGUGUUUGGAUGGCGGUCUUAAUUACCGCUGUUGUCUGUGUCACAGCGGUGAUGACAUCUUCCUGUUAUCGUGCUGCUCCCACCACUUCCUCUGACUGUUUUAUAAUUCAUGUUCCCGGACCUGAUACCUGUGCAUCACAAGCAGCUGUGGACAAAGACAGAAUUUAAGUUCAUGUCGCAGAGUACUGGUCGUCUGUGUCUGUGUUCAGGUAAAUUCUGCUGUUUCUCCAGUUACAGCUCACCUGGUACCUGCAUCUCCAUCUGCAAUAUGUUGGUGAAGGUUCUGUUUCCACCUCAGCCUGGGUCAGGAGUGUCUCUGAGCCGUAUGACAGUUUGUGAAUGUGGCCCGGGGCCCAGACACACUUCAUCUCAGUUAAAUAAAAGCUGUUUCCUUUAAAUGUUGAAAUUCCACGUCCCAGGAUCAACGUGAGUCGAUUGAUUUGACUGAACAGUGACCAGAGCAGCUGUGAACCUGCUCCUCACUGUCUUGUGAUGUGGUGUCAGGACAGAGUUCCAGAUACCAGGUCCCUGUGAUGCGUGUUGCUCAGGAUUAGCUCAGCUGAUCCUCCUGAAGUAAAACCAGGCAUUAACCUGCAGCAGCAGAGUUUCAAUACAAGGUUCUGGUAACAUUACACUAACACAUAAAAUGAACCGAUGAAAAUCUUGUGUUAGUGUUUUUCUGUUGCUUCGGUCCAGUGAACCAGUAUAUCAGAAGGAAGUUUUACUGAAUGCAGCAGAGAAGUAACGUUUGAAAUGUGCUGCAGGUCUUUUUGUCCCUGUGGUGGAGCCGCUGUGUUGUUUGUCUUCGACUGUGAGAAGGAAUUAAAUUAAAUGUGGUCAAAUCUCUUUAAGGAUAAUUAAUGCAUUUUCCAACCUGGGCUUGAUUCCAAUGUUUUUGGGUGUAAAUGAUCAAAAGGGACAGUUUUUUCGCAAUCAGUUGUUUUUGUGCAACCAGAUUAAAUCGUUCUGUUCAAACCAGACAAACAGAACACGGAUCGAUCAGUAAGUUAGUUCAACAACAGCAGAUCAGCUUCUCGUCUGUUCUCAGGUCAAAUGACGUUAACAAAAAAAGUCUGUCUCUGUAGGAAUCAGACAUCUAAUAACAAUCUGAACCUGUCAGGGAUGAAAAGAAAGACGUACGUUAUUAGACGUUCUUUGACUUGGACUAAUGUGAUGAACUGUUUCUGCUCAGUAGAAGAUUUUAGUUCCUAUGAAUCAUUUGCAGCCAAAACCAGGCAAAGUAUGGUCCAGUUCCUGUCUCCUGCUCGUAAAUACAAAUCGUAGUACUGGUGUUGAAUAUGUGGUGGUCCAGUGGUUCUGUGGGCGGAGCAUAGAGAUGAAAACAUGUCUAACUGGGUUUUGCGUCUCACAGCCACAGAGGAGUGUUUCAGGCAUCUGUCUCCUCCCUGCGUCCAACAUGGACACAUUUUUCCGCCGUCACUUCAAGAGGAAGGAAGCUGCUGUGCAGGCGGACGCAGAGGUGUCGUCCUGCCGCCAGCGGAGGCCCAGCGUGGCCGUCCCGACCAGCAAGGCCCGCCGCCGGUCCAAUGUCGGGCUGCCUUCCUCCACCCUGACCCAGCGGCGGCGGUCCAGUGUCCAGCUGCAGGCGGGGCUGCCGUGUGCAGGCGGGGGGCGUUUGGCAAAGACAUCCAGACAUCCCGGAUGGGCGGGGCAAACUCGCAGGCGCUCCAGCACCACCACCCCCAGCCUCAACCCGAGGUUCGCCGUGUGUAGGAAGAAGUUGGGGAAGCUGCGGACCAUCGACACUCACCUGCUGGGCCCGUCCAUGCUGCUGGCCAGUCUGAUCCAGAUGACUGAGGAGGAGGAGGAGGGCCUGGGGGCGGGGCUACCGGCUGGGGAGCAGCAGGUGGAGAUGAGGGGCGGGGCCAACAACAGGAGGAUGUUUUCGCGCUCCAGCAGCUUCCACUCAGACGAUGACGGUGGUGAUGUCUUCACUGCCGACAGCCAAUCAGAGUCCAGUCAACUGUCAGAGGUGGAGCAGCUGGACAAGGAGGAGGACGACGUGCCCCUUUCUCUGUCCUCCACCCCCUCCUCCUUCUCCGCCCUGGAGCUGAUGAGAAAGACGCCCCAGCUGCCGUCAACGUCGCGGCCCCUGAUCCGGGCCCCACGCUGCCUCCGGAGGAACUCUUCUCAGGUGUGUUCAGGAGACUCUGCUCCGUAUGGCCGGUACCGUGCCGUCAGCCAGAGGAAGAGGAGAAGGAUCUCCACCAUCUCCAAAGCUGGGAGCCCCUGGCCAGGACGAGGCCCCCCGCUGCCCAGCCGCAGGACGUCAGUCUACUGCCUCAACCACCCGGCCUUCUUCAGGGGCCCCGGAGCACUCGGCCCGCUGGGGGCCCACAUCUACGACUCCCGCCUGGAGAGUUGGAGUGCCUUCCUGCUGAAAGCCGUCGCGAAGUCGGGCGUUCAGCUCGAGGCGACGUCUGCACCGAGCGAGACGCCGCGGGAGGCGAGCAGCUCUGUCGACUGGAGCGACAACGCCCAGUUCGGGGACCACACCUGGUUCGAGACCAGCGGGUCUGGAGACUUCUGUUAUGUUGGCGAACAGUACUGCAUCGCCAAGUCACUGCAGAAGUCCGUGUCAAGGAAGAAGUGUGCCGGAUGUAAGAUCUCAGUCCACCUCAUGUGCCUGGAGCAGCUGGAGAAGAUUAAUUUCAGGUGCAAGCCGUCGUUCAGAGAACCAGGAAGUCGAGCUGUGCGAGAGGCCCACGCCGUGCGACACCACUGGGUCCACCGGAGGCGUCAGACGGGGAAGUGUCGUCAGUGUGGGAAGGGGUUCACACAGAAGUUCUCGUUCCACUGCAAAGAGAUCGUGGCCAUCAGCUGCUCCUGGUGCAAACAAGCGUAUCACAACAAGGUGACGUGCUUCAUGCUGCAGCAGAUAGAAGAGUGUUGCUCUCUGGGAGCUCACGCUGCCGUCAUCAUCCCUCCGACCUGGAUCAUCAGAGUCCGCCGCCCACAGUCGUCUCUGAAGUCCAGCAAAAAGAAGAAAAGGACGUCGCUGAAAAGCAACAAGUCGAGUAAGAAAGGAUCCGAGAUCCAAGAUGGCCGCUGGAAGCCCUUCCUGGUGAAGCCGGUGCCCUCGCAGCUCAUGAAGCCUCUGCUGGUGUUCGUGAACCCAAAGAGUGGCGGGAACCAGGGAGCGAAGAUCAUCCAGUCCUUCAUGUGGUACCUGAACCCUCGGCAGGUGUUCGACCUGACGCAGGCUGGACCCACAGAGGGACUGGAGUUGUUCUCCAAGGUGCCCAACCUGAGGAUCCUGGCCUGCGGAGGAGAUGGGACCGUUGGAUGGAUCUUGUCUGUUUUGGACCAGUUGAAUCUUCGUCCUCAGCCUCCUGUGGCCAUUCUCCCUCUGGGGACUGGCAACGACCUGGCAAGGACUCUGAACUGGGGAGGGGGUUACACUGACGAGCCCAUAACAAAGAUCCUCUCACACGUCGAGGAAGGAAACAUUGUGCAGCUCGACCGCUGGAACCUUAACGUGGAGGCGAACGCCGACGCCCGACCGGAGGAGAGGGAGGAGCAUCAGACCGACAGACUUCCUAUUGACGUCUUCAACAACUACUUCAGUCUGGGCUUCGACGCUCACGUCACACUAGGCUUCCAUGAAUCCAGAGAAGCGAAUCCAGAGAAGUUCAACAGCCGCUUCAGGAACAAGAUGUUCUACGCAGGAACAGCCUUCUCAGAUUUCCUGAGCGGGAGUUCGAAGGACCUCGCCAAGCACAUCAGUGUGGUGUGUGACGGCACCGACCUUACCGCCAAAGUCCAGGAGCUGAAGCUACAGUGUCUCCUCUUCCUCAACAUCCCCCGGUACUGUGCUGGCACUAUGCCCUGGGGUCACCCUAGCGAGCAUCAAGACUUUGAACCUCAGCGUCUCGACGACGGCUGUAUCGAGGUCAUCGGCUUCACCAUGACUUCUCUGGCCACGCUGCAGGUCGGGGGUCACGGCGAGCGUCUGCAGCAGUGUAAGGAAGUGACCCUCACCACCUACAAGUCGAUCCCGAUGCAGGUGGAUGGAGAACCGUGUAAACUGGCUCCGUCCGUGAUCCACAUCAGUCUGAGGAACCAGGCUAACAUGGUGCAGAAGGCCAAGAGGAGGAUCUCCAUGCCCCACCUCAACGACCAGCAGCCCGUCCAUCAGAAGCUGCAGAUCCGGGUGAACAGGAUCAGCAUGGCGGCGUACGAAGCUCUGCACUACGACAAGGAGCAGCUGCGGGAAGCCUCGACGCCGCUCGGAGUGAUCACCGUCCCUGGGGACAGCGACCUGGAGACCUGCCGCCUGCUCAUCCAGCGUCUGCAGGAGAACCUCGAGUCAGACCACCAACAUAUAUCCUGGGGCCGAGACGCCACGAAGGGAGCGAGUCCGUCUUCACAGAAACUCUCCAUGAAGUGGUGUUUCCUCGACUGUACGACCGCCGACCGGUUCUACAGGAUCGACCGAGCUCAGGAGCACCUGAACUACGUGACGGAGAUCUCUCAGGAGGAGCUGUACGUCCUGGACCCGGAGCUGGUCCUGGACCCGGAGCUGGUCCUGGAGGAGACGGUGGGCCCCUCCCCCGGGUCGGAGCUGGUGGACCAGCAGAGACCGUUCACCCUGCCAAGCUGCCUGACCUCCCCCACACCCAGUUCUUCGUCUGCUGCGUCACAUGACCCUGAAGGUGAGACGCCGCCUGUCUGUCUGCUUCUGGGUGAGACGCCUGAACAACGAGCUGAAAAGGUCGAUGAUCAGGAAGUGACGGAAUAUCUGAAGAGCAGUCAAAUUCACCACAGAGACGACCAUGAGACAGCUGUCUGACCCCCAACCUGUCUGUCUGACCUCCAGUCUGUGUCUGACACCCAACCUGUCUGACCCCAAGCCUGUCUGUCUUGGCCCCCACCCUUUCUGACCCCCAACCUAUCUGUCCUCCAGCCUGUCUGACCCCCAGCCUGUCUGUCCUCCAGCCUGUCUGACCCCCGGCCUGUCUGACCCCCAGCCUGUCUAUCCUCCAACCUGUCUGACACCCAAACUGUCUGAUCCCAAGCCUGUCUGUCUGACCCCCAACCUGUCUGUCCUCCAGCCUGUCUGACUCGUCCUGCCUGUCUGACCCCCAACCUGUCUGACCCCCAGCCUGUCUGACUCCCAACCUGUCUGUCCUCCAGCCUGUCUGACCCCCAGCCUGUCUAUCCUCCAGGCUGUCUGACCCCCAGCCUGUCUAUCCUCCAGCCUGUCUGUCCUCCUGCCUGUCUGACCCCCAGCCUGUCUGACUCCCAACCUGUCUGUCCUCCAGCCUGUCUGACCCCCAACCUGUCUGUCCUCCAGGCUGUCUUAUUCCUCCUGCCUGUCUGACCCCCAGCCUGUCUGACCCCCAACCUGUCUGUCUUCCAGCCUGUCUGACCCCCAGCCUGUCUGUCCUGCCUGUCUGACCCCCAGCCUGUCUGUCCUCAGCCUGUCUGUCCUCCAGCCUGUCUGUCCUCCAGCCUGUCUGUCCUCAGCCUGUCUGUCCUCCAGCCUGUCUGUCCUCAGCCUGUCUGUCCUCCAGCCUGUCUGUCCUCCAGCCUGUCUGUCCUCAGCCUGUCUGUCCUCCAGCCUGUCUGUCCCCCAGCGUCUGCACCAGAUGAACCAGUCAGACUCUCUCUCGUAGUAAAUGUGUUCACUGAAGUGUUUGAUUUUGACUUAGGUGAAGAUGAAUGAAUCAAUUUAUGAAUUAUUAGUAGAGAUAAAGACACGUUUUAGAUGUUUCACAUGACAUGAGUUGUGUUUUGUAUUUUUUUGUCUGUUAAGAAAGAAAGUUUCAUUGUGACGUGUAUUGACUGUGUUAAUAGAUGAGCCGUCUGUUUCAAUUCUGUUUUAUUAACUGAGUAAUAAUAACUUGACAUUGAUUCCAGAUCAGAACUGUUUCUGAAUGACCUGCAAUAAAGCUCGUCACCACCA